AUGUUUGUAGACGAACGGAUUGUAACGCUGUUCAAGAGGAAUGCCCAUCACACGCUGACCUACUGGAGCGUUUUCUUCAGCUUCGGACUCUGCAUCGCUUUCCUCGGGCCGACCAUUUUGGACUUGCAGUGUCAAACCAACUCCACGCUCAGCCAGAUCACCUGGGUCUUCUUCGCCCAGCAGUUCUGCCUUUUGAUCGGCAGCUCUAUUGGCGGCAUUUUCAAAAAGACGUUGUUCCGUGCCCUCGGAGCCUUAUUCGUCUCCGCUCUCGUCAUCUCUGUGAUAUUUGCCAUCAUCCCUUUUUGCAAUAAUGUCCUCCUGCUGGCCAUCGCCAUGGCUGUGUCCGGUUUGGCGAUGGGCAUCAUUGACACCAUAGCCAACAUCCAGCUGGUGACCAUCUAUCAGAGGGACUCUGCUGUUUUUUUACAGGCUCUUCACUUUUUCAUCGGGUUCGGAGCCCUGGUGAGCCCCCUGAUCGCAGAUUCCUUCCUCUCAGAGACGGGCUGCACGAAUCACACGGAGAACCACACCGAGAUAAUUCAUCAUUUCAGGAGCAUGCUGAGGAGCAGUCCCAUUGCAAGGCACAACAUACCUCACGACACGCCGUCUCAUGAGGGAGGGAGCUGGGAACCUAGUGUGCACAAUGCUUUCUGGAUCAUGGCAUGUAUUAAUCUACCUGUGCCACUGGCCGUGUUGUUCCUGAUGUACCGGGAGCGCCUGAUCCCGUGUCUUCCCAACAGCACUCCUAACCUCCUGGAUAAAGAUGAACUGGCGAUGGAGAACCAGCAGGGGGCUGAGGGCCAGGAGGUGGAGCAGGGGGAACAUGAGGCAGGAGGUCAUGGGGAUAUCUUCGGCUGCUGUCAGAAUGAUAACCUGCGUGGUUUGCCUGCGUCCUUCUUCAUGAUUCAUAUCUUCGGUGGGCUGGUGCUCUUCAUGACCGACGGUAUUGUGGGUGUAUAUGCUGGCUUCGUGUACACGUACGCUGUGACAGCUCACAAGACACUGUCCCAUAAGACGGCAGGUUACCUGGCCAGUAUCUUUUGGGCAGCCAUCACUGCUGGACGCCUGUUGUCCAUUCCUCUGUCAUUUCGUAUCCGGCCUGUGAAGCUGCUCGUGAUCAACCUGGUGGGGGCCAUUGUUACUGUGCUGGUGCUGCUCAUUUUCUACGAGAGCAGCAUCUUCUUGUUCGUUGGUACCGGUUUAUGUGGGCUGUUCCUCAGCAGCAUCUUCCCCUCUAUGCUCGCCUACACCGAAGACAUCCUCGAUUACCAGGGAUGUGCAACCUCAGUCCUGGUGACAAGUGCAGGGAUGGGAGAGAUGGUGAUGCAGGUUGUCAUGGGCCAAAUCAUCCAGACUCAAGGCGAGUACAGCUUCCUGUUGUGUGGAGUGGUAAUCGCCUGCUUGGGAUUUGGCUUCUUCAUCGGGCUGCUGCUGUUCCAUCGAAUGCACAGAAAUUACCUAUUAGGAACAUCGAAAAAGUCCACCAUGGUGGAGGAAGCGGCGGGAGCAGAGCAGAACGGAUCCGCCAAAACAGAAGCGAAAGAGGAGAAAGAGAUUGUCAUCAUGAGAGUCACAGGAGGAUCUGCUGGCUUCCUUAAUGCCACAGUUCUGUUUCUCAUCUGGCUGACAAAGCAGUCGGUGGGCUCGGGUCUGCUCUCCGCUCCAGAGGUGGUGACUGCAGCAAACGGAGGAUCUGUGACGGUCGCUUGUCAAUAUGAUCCUAAGUACAAAGGUUACACAAAGUACUGGUGCAGAGGAGCGGUGUACAGCCGGUGCAGCAUAGAGGCGACAACCGUGUGGGAUGGAGGCAGAAGCUUCAUCGCUGAUAAUAAGGAGGCAGGAGUCUUCACUGUAACUAUGACUUCACUCCGCUACAGGGAUGAGGAUGUGUACUGGUGUGCCAUCAAACAAUUUGGAAGGGACAUCGGAGUUCCAGUCCAGCUCAAUGUCUCCCACACAGUCACAGUGGUGACACCCACCACCCCCACGAUGACACUGAAUCAUGAUGAAAUAGGAUGGUGGGCGACUCUACGCUGGAUCCUCUUUAUUUCAAUGUUGGGCUGUUUGAUAUCAACUCACAUCGCUGUGUGGCGGAUACAAACUGCGAAGAAGAACAUGUCGGCAACAACAACUUCACCAUCACAAGUCACUUCAGUAAACAAUUAGGAAUGAAAGUCAGGCAGCACCAUAUUUCUAAUCAUGGGUGAAUUAUAACCGUGUAUGGCCACAGAACCAUUCCUCCAGCAGACACUCUAUCAGAGUGUGAAUUAAACUGAAAAAUAAACCAUGUGAAAAAUUG